GCUAAUAGGAGCCUAAUGGAGGGCAUUCCCUCGAAAUUCCUAGAGAGGGAAAUGUUAGCGGGAUGUUGCAGAUGCAGAACUGCUCGCGGAAUUGCAGGGUUGACAGGAGUUAUGGGAGACAACGCAAAAAAUGAACCAACUUUCUCUUUCAUUUCUCAAUGUGAAGAAUGUGCCUAUUUUGGCCAUUAAGAGACCAGAGGCUCUGGAUAUUGCGCCUCGGACAUAGAUUUUAACUGUAGGCGCCGUUUUUUGUCUUCAGUUAUCUAUCUGGGGACUGCAUGUGGCAGAGUCCAGAGCUGCACUGUCCCGUGGGGUAGUUACCAAACGCCUGUGGCAAGUCCGAGCCUUGAGCUGUGCUGUAAGCUUACAGGACACGCAAGAUUUCGAAGAAUUGAGCUUCUUCCUUUGUCUCAUAACCAUGUCCACCAACGAGAAUGCUAAUUCGCCAGCUGCCCGCCUUAACAGAUUCAAGAACAAGGGGAAAGACAGUACAGAAAUGAGGCGGCGCCGAAUAGAAGUUAAUGUGGAGCUGAGGAAAGCUAAGAAGGAUGACCAGAUGCUGAAAAGGAGAAAUGUGAGCUCCUUUCCCGAUGAUGCUACGUCUCCGCUGCAGGAAAACCGCAACAACCAGGGCACUGUAAAUUGGUCUGUUGAGGACAUUGUCAAAGGCAUAAAUAGCAACAAUUUGGAAAGCCAGCUCCAAGCUACUCAGGCUGCAAGGAAACUGCUUUCUAGGGAAAAACAGCCACCCAUAGACAACAUAAUCCGGGCUGGUUUGAUUCCAAAAUUUGUGUCCUUCUUGGGCAGAACUGAUUGUAGUCCCAUCCAGUUUGAAUCUGCUUGGGCCCUCACUAACAUUGCUUCCGGGACUUCGGAACAGACCAAGGCUGUAGUAGAUGGAGGUGCUAUUCCAGCAUUCAUUUCUCUGUUGGCAUCUCCCCACGCUCACAUCAGUGAACAAGCCGUAUGGGCUCUAGGAAAUAUUGCAGGUGAUGGUUCAGCUUUCCGAGACUUGGUUAUCAAGUAUGGUGCAGUUGACCCACUGUUGACUCUUCUUGCAGUUCCUGAUAUGUCAUCUUUAGCAUGUGGUUACUUACGUAAUCUGACCUGGACACUUUCAAACCUUUGUCGCAACAAGAAUCCUGUACCCCCAUUAGAUGCUGUUGAGCAGAUUCUUCCUACUUUAGUUCGUCUCCUGCAUCAUGAUGAUCCUGAAGUAUUAGCAGAUAGCUGCUGGGCCAUUUCCUACCUUACUGAUGGUCCAAAUGAACGGAUUGAAAUGGUUGUGAAAACAGGAGUUGUGCCCCAACUUGUGAAGCUCCUAGGAGCUACUGAAUUGCCAAUUGUGACUCCUGCGCUAAGAGCCAUAGGAAAUAUUGUCACUGGGACAGAUGAACAGACGCAGGUUGUAAUAGAUGCAGGAGCACUUGCCAUCUUUCCCAGCCUACUAAUGAACUCCAAAACUAAUAUUCAGAAGGAAGCUACAUGGACAAUGUCAAACAUCACAGCUGGCCGCCAGGACCAGAUACAGCAAGUUGUGAAUCAUGGAUUAGUCCCAUUCCUCAUUGUUGUUCUUUCUAAGGCAGACUUUAAGACACAAAAGGAAGCUGUAUGGGCUGUGACCAACUAUACAAGUGGUGGAACAGUUGAACAAAUUGUAUACCUCGUUCAUUGUGGCAUAAUAGAACCACUGAUGAACCUCUUAACUGCGAAAGAUACCAAAAUUAUUCUGGUUAUUCUGGAUGCCAUUUCAAAUAUAUUUCAGGCUGCUGAGAAACUAGGUGAAACUGAGAAACUAAGUAUAAUGAUUGAAGAAUGUGGAGGUUUGGACAAAAUUGAAGCUCUACAAAACCAUGAAAAUGAGUCGGUGUACAAAGCGUCACUAAACUUGAUUGAGAAAUAUUUUUCUGUAGAGGAAGAGGAAGAUCAAAAUGUUGUGCCAGAAACUACCUCUGAAGGUUAUACAUUCCAAGUUCAGGAUGGCACUCCUGGGACCUUUAACUUUUAGAUUGUACAACUGAGGCAUAAAGUUGUUUGUUGUGUA